GGGAGUGGUACGUCAAAAUCUGACGCACAUCAGCAGUGUAUUGUGCGCUACAGGAAAAAAUAUUAUUAUUCAACUUUUAGAUUUUUUUUCUUCAUUGUCUAAUUUUUGUGAACUCUAAUCAACUGUGAACUGAACUUAACUCAAAAACUAAGCUGAACUCUUUUCGCCUCAAAUUAACUAUCAACUCUAUCUUCUAUCGGAGCUCUAUGUGAAACGCGAUUAUACUGUAUUUGGAAAGUAGAACUACUGAUUUUGAUCCUGACCUGCGAGCACCUGCAAAAAUCGUUAAGUUACAUGAUGAUAAACUCUUCUGCAUCGUCCCAAUUCCCCUCUAUUCUUCUUUCGAAAACUUUUUGCUACUAUAAUCCACUCUAAAUCGAUCAUUUAUGUACAUAUAUGAUUCAAAGUAAUUCCGUGUAGAAAAAAGUAAGUGGUAUAGACUUUCAGUUAUUUUGCUGUUGCUAUCCGACCAAUUUACGGAUUUUUCGCUGAAGAAACAUAAAAGUGACGUGAAGAAAAAGCACAGCACACAAAAUAUUAACAAUUGUGAAAAAUGCAAAAAGAGAGUGGAAAGCUAUAGAACUAAAGGUGCAAGCGGAUGAAAGAGAAAGUCUGAAAACGAAGGACAAAAAGCCAAAAUGAAAAUGAAAAAUAAGUAAAUAUAGAGAAGACGUGGGAUAAGUUGCUCGUUAGUGGUGGCAAUUGUGAUGUAGUUGUUUGAUUCUCAAACUAAAAUCGGCGGUCAACAAUUCGAUGGAAGCAAGACCAAAGAUACUGUACCAUCACCGCACUUACCUACCAGCGUAUAAAUUUAAAAAUCACUUUUUACACCGCCCACUGGUUCUGCCAUAAAAGAGAGAUAACUAUGGGCAAACACUUUUAAUAUAAAAUGGACAACAAGCAAUAUUAAUAAAACAAGAAAACAACGACAAAAAUUUAACGUGAAAAUUAUGUCAACGAUACAACGAAGCAAUACUCAACUGUGAGCGAAAAGGAAAAUUUUAAAAAUUUAGAUAUAGCAAAAAAAUUAAAGCAUCAAAGGCGUUAAGAACGUUUGCAAAUUAUGAAUUAACUUUACUCAAAAAAAACAAAAAUUAAAAUUUGGCUACUACGAGUUAUACGCGCGCAAGUAGAUAACAGAAUAGUUUAAUUUUUUUCAUGUGCAGAAGUGAGUUACGGCCCCAUUUGAAGGUUCUAAGGCAAACGUUUCGCACAAAAUGUCUGUCGAGUGCAUGCGACCUUCGAGUAAUAAAAUCAUCAUCACGCCUGGGGCCACACUCAGCUACGCCAAAAAUUCAUCGGCGCGACCACGAUCAACAAGUCGGCAAUUGUCGUCGGUUGUGAGGGCCCAGCAUCCAGCAGGGAACGCAGCGGGCAAGGGAAAGUCUGUGAUGCCACAAAAAAUACCAACAACACCUCCAAAGCAGCAAUCAAGUAUUUUGGUGGUAAGAAAAACUGGUGUAACGCAACCCUCACCAGUGUCGGCAUUGCAAACAACCGCUAAGGUAGCACCACUGGCACCCUUGUCGCAGAAUACAUGCAAACGCAGCAACUGGGACAAUAUCACAGAUGGAGGUAGCAAAAAACAUAUAGUAAAUGGCACUAUUAGCGUUGAUCGCAUCGAUUUGGAAUUGGAGGGAGCAGCAAGUGAUGUGGAAUUCUGCAAACGACUCGAGUGGUCGGCCGCCCAAUCUUUGGUCGAAAUGAAUGCAAAAGAGAAGCAAAGACGUAGUGCCGCCGCAGCACAAUCGGCUACAGAUAAAAAACCGUUGACGCCAAUGGCGGUCCGAGAAGCAGAAGCAGUGGUCACAUCACUUUCUGGAACUGUGUUGAGUGAUUUGAAUUCACAAGAUAACGAAGAUGGUGCAAGAAUUGAGCCACGUCGUAACGUGGUUAAGUGGAACACUCGAAAUAACAACCGUGACAACUCCUUCGCCAGCGGCAAUGGCAGCACAUCCAACAAAUGCGUAACUGCUCCAUCAACGACUGCCGGUCGCUCGCCCGCUGAAGAUGGUAAAGUUAUAUUCUAUGCGCCACCUGCUGGUGGCUUCAAUGCCAGUCAACCUUCCAGCCAUACGCCAGCGUUCAUGAUCAAACAGGAGCCCGUGUUGCCGUCAUUUUACCGCGAACGCAGCAUCGAGGAGACCGAAGCCGCCCACGAUUUACUCUCACUAUCGCAAAGUCUACCGCCACUAACACCGCCUUGUGUCGUCACCAUCCUGCAUCCGGAGUCGUCAACCAACAGCAAUCUCAAUAGCACAGCGCACCAUCAAAACCAGCACCAACACCAAACACAACUAACACCCAUCAUGCAUGAGAUAUCCAGUGCUUCCAAACAGCAGAGAGCCGUGCCACCACCACUCUGUGCUGCAACCAUUGCCGCGGAUAAUUUUACCAUAUUCACCGUGCAAGAUGUCUCGACGCCGCACCACACGCGAGCGGCCCUCGAUCAGGGACCGCCAAAAAUACGUUAUAUGUGCAGCGGCAGCAGCAACUCAUAUGACAGUCAUACAGGCGCAAACACACCGGACAAUUCCGAAAAUUGCUCGCCUCUAACACCACCAAAUUCGGAUCAUUCAUCUGACAUUGACAUCGACAUGUCCUCCUCGUCGGAUUCGGGGCAUUCCAGCUCGAAUUAUCAAGCAACGCUCAAGUUGUGGAUCGAUGAGCCAUCAUCGUACAAAGUGCGGCGUACAUCCACAAACUCAAUGACAAUUGAAGAUUCUACGGAGGCUAAAGCAAAUCAUUCCAUCAAACUCGGUCUUAAUAUAUUAGAUGGCCGCACCAAGGCUAGCCGCAGCAGCAAGGAACCAAUCGAAACGCAUACGGCUGGAAGUUUCGACUCCAGCGCCACGGACACCGAUUCGUAUGUGAAGAAGAAGCGGGGCAGCUACAAGUGCUCCGAAUGCGGCAAACAGUACGCCACCUCAAGCAACCUCUCACGUCAUAAACAGACGCACCGCUCGCUCGACUCGCAAUCAGCGAAGAAAUGCAAUACUUGCGGCAAGGCUUACGUUUCCAUGCCGGCUCUCGCCAUGCAUCUGCUGACUCACAAACUCUCGCACAGCUGCGACAUUUGCGGAAAACUCUUCUCACGACCCUGGCUGUUGCAGGGCCAUCUACGCUCACACACCGGCGAGAAACCAUACGCUUGCUCACAUUGCGGCAAGGCAUUCGCCGAUCGCUCCAAUUUGCGGGCGCACAUGCAAACGCACUCGAUCGAUAAGAACUUCGAAUGCAAGCGUUGCCACAAAACAUUCGCUCUGAAAUCGUACCUAAACAAGCAUCUGGAGUCAUCAUGCCUCAAGGAUGUUUUGGGCACCGGAGAAGCGACAGACUUGUACGCGGAUAAUGGCGAUGGCGGCGAAGGUGAAGGCGAAGGCGAAUCUACGACAGCGCAAAGCAGUGAUGACAACGACGAAGAUAUUGUCGUAGCAUAGGCUUGAAUAGAUCGAAAUACAUGCAUAUGUAUGUAAUUGGGAAGGGUUGGACUUUGAAGAGCACAGUAAGAUACGAGUAGUUUUAACAAUUAAAAAGAAAACAUAUUCCACACUUUUACAACAGAAAUUGUAAUUAAACUCAAAACACGUAAGAAUAGUUUUUUCUAUAGCAAAAAGUUCGAUAGUUGAAGAACAUACAUACCAUGCAUACAUACAUAAAUACAUACAAAAACUGAAAAAAGCAAAAGCUGUACAUUUUGCAAAACGCAAUGAAAACAAUACAAAACCUACCAACUUUAAGUAAAAAUCCCAUGCAACGAAUAUUAUGGAACAUAAGUAGAAAUUCUAUAUAUACAAAAUUAUUACUAUUAAAAUUAUUAUGAACAAGAUAUUAUUAGGAUUUAUUGAUAAGAGAUUUGAAACGUAAAAUGUGUUUUGUUGGCACUUAAGGCAGACGAACAUUUGAUAUAGUAGUGAUAGUGAAAAUUUAACAACUACAAAGUUAAAGUUGAAAGCCAGUGAGUAGUGCAAUACAUUAAGAGCGAAAAGUACUUAUACAUACAUACAUACAUAUAGUUAAUUCACAAGUCAACCGAACACCCUUAUAUGUAGGCUCAAUUAGCUGAGCGAAUAGCAAGGCGCUAAUUAUUUGAGGUUUUGGGUGAUCUUCGGCUAAGAUCAGAGCCAAUAUUCACGCAUGUUUUAUAUACACAUACAUAGUACAUAUGUGUGUAAGUGAGUAUACGUAGGCACUUACAUUUGCAAACAUAAAUACAUUAUUAUACAAUUUACAUACAUAUAUAUAUACAAUAUAUAAUGUAAUAGAAAGCAUGAGAAGCAGUUGAUAUUUUUUUAGAGUAUUUCAUAUACAUAUAUUUUAAAGUAAAGCAAAAUAUUACCAAAAAGGCAUGAUACAAAAUGAUAUUAAAUAAAUUAGACUAAACUAUUCUUAAAAUAAUAAAUUGCAUAAAAAUAAUAGUAAUUUACUUAGAAUGGCAAUUUUACAAGUACUGCAAUACAUAUAACAAAAGCAUAACAACAUUUUUGAAUACCUAAGCAAUUUAAACGGAUAAGCUCAGCGUAAAACCAAAGACAAAGGCAAAGGCAAAGUCAGCUUUAAAUCGUUUAAACUUACUUUUAUUGUUUAUUUUGUAAAAUUAGCAUAUGCAAACCGUUUUAAAAUUAAUUUAUUUUUUUC